GACGCCAGUUAGAUACCCUAACGUUUAACUGAUCGUAAUUCAGCACAAGAAACAUAGAGCGUUUAUACUGUAGCCAGAAAAUUACAGUAUAUCAUCAAAAAUUAUAGCCCUCUAUGAAUAACUUGCACGCCCCAACAAUUCCGUCGGGUCCGACUAGCUCUACUGGCACGAAUGGACAACUAGGAAAGCUCAGCUUUGCUGAACUCGAAGCAAAGAAACGCAACGUUGAAGAAGAGCUUAAAGCGCUAGGCAGUGUCCUUGAAUCACAUGGGGUAGAUAUGAACACUGCUCUUUUGACAAAAGAUGGUUUCCCUAGAUCCGACAUCGAUGUCGCCCAGAUUCGUACUACUCGUUCUCGUAUAAUUCGGUUACGAAAUGAUCACAAGGAAAUUAUGGCUAGGGCGGAAAAGUUCUUGCACGAACAUUUUGCCAACCUUUCAGGCGGUGAUGACCUCAGCUCCCAGGCACCUGUUGAGACGAUCCCGGGAGGAGCCGAUUCUGAAAUUGCAACUCUCGAUCGACCAUUCGCAAAGGUCAAUACAGUGGCCUCAGACAGUCCAGCAGAACGGGCAGGUCUGAAACCCGGAGACGAGAUCCGCAACUUUGGCUAUGUAAAUCGAGGCAACCAUGACGGUCUCAAGAAGCUUGCUGAAUGCGUCCAAGGAAAUGAAGGCCAAAACAUUUUUAUAAAAGUAUCGCGGCCUGAGGGCGUGGCGAACCGCCAGGAACUUAGGCUCACAUUACUGCCUAGCAAGGAUUGGGGUGGUCGAGGAAUGCUUGGUUGCCACAUUCUACCCAUUUAACAAUAUCCAAAUAAUGUAAUAAUCCAUGUCAGCAUGAGGAAUGGCGAAUACUGCAGCAGCAGAAUAUUGACUUUGGUGAUGUGGAAAACCUGACAAAGUAAGGGCCAUGCAGCGCAAUCGGUUCGCUUCACGACGCGUCGCCUAGCUUUUUUAACAAUCGUAUUGUUAGAAAAAAGCCACACGAUAUACUUUACAGUAUUGUCAAUGGCGUAUAUGGGCGGAUUAGGCUGCUAGGCCCUUGGGCACCAGAGUAACAAGGCAGCCGAGCAUCUCCAGCCUACUAUAGUAUCAACCUUGCUGAUUUGCCGCCGGA